CAGCGGCCGCCACAGCAGGGCCGCCCAGCGCAGCGCCGGCCGCGGCUCGGGCGGCGCCGUGUGGGGCGAGCGGCUUUGGCGGCGGCGGCGCGGCCGGGCCGGGGGACGGGCGCUGCCCGGCGGCCUCAGCAUGGAGGACGGCUUCUCGAGCUACAGCAGCCUGUACGACACGUCCUCGCUGCUCCAGUUCUGCAACGAUGACAGCGCCUCGGCGGCGAGCAGCAUGGAGGUGACGGACCGCAUCGCCUCCCUGGAGCAGCGGGUGCAGAUGCAGGAGGACGACAUCCAGCUGCUGAAGUCGGCGCUGGCGGAUGUGGUGCGGCGGCUGAACAUCGCCGAGGAGCAGCAGGCCGUGCUCAGCCGGAAAGGACCUACCAAAGCAAGACCCCUGGUGCAGACCUUGCCUCUAAGAACCACCGUCAACAACGGAACCGUGUUACCAAAGAAGCCUAGUGGCUCUCUGCCGUCCCCCUCCGGGACCAGGAAAGAAACUGCUAUGCCGGCAAUAACCAAAAGCACCAUCAAGAGGACCAGCUCUUCGGAACGCGUGUCCCCCGGCAGCCGGAGGGAAAGCUACGGGGACUCCAAAGGCAACCGCAACCGCACGGGCUCCACCAGCAGCUCCUCCAGCGGCAAGAAGAACAGCGAAAGCAAACCCAAGGAGCCCGUCUUCAGCGCGGCCCUUCUGUCUCUGUCUCCGAAAUCCCAAGGGAAGCGCCGGGUGACGCACUGCCAAGAGGAGGGCUACGUGAAGAUGUUCCUGCGCGGCCGCCCGGUCACCAUGUACAUGCCCCGGGACCAGGUGGAGUCCUACAACCUGGAAGCCAAGGUGGACCUUCCGACCAAGAGGCUCAAGCUGGAGUGGGUCUACGGGUACAGGGGCCGGGACUGUCGGAACAACCUGUACCUGCUCCCGACGGGCGAGACGGUGUACUUCAUCGCGUCCGUGGUGGUGCUGUACAACGUGGAGGAGCAGCUGCAGAGGCACUACGCCGGCCACAACGACGAUGUCAAGUGCCUAGCAGUUCAUCCGGAUAAGAUUACAAUAGCAACAGGACAAGUCGCGGGCACGUCCAAGGAUGGGAAGUGACUGACUUUGUGGUUUUUCCUCAACAGCAAUUGCCCCCCCCACGUGCGCAUCUGGGACUCUGUGACGCUGAACACCCUGCACGUCAUCGGGACCGGGUUUUUCGACCGAGCCGUCACCUGCAUCGCGUUCUCUAAGUCCAACGGAGGCAGCAACCUGUGCGCCGUGGACGACUCCAAUGACCACGUGCUGUCGGUGUGGGACUGGCAGCGGGAGGAGCGGCUGGCGGACGUCAAGUGCUCUAACGAAGCCGUGUUUGCCGUGGACUUCCACCCCACGGACACCAACAUCAUCGUCACCUGCGGAAAGUCACACCUCUACUUCUGGACGCUGGAAGGCAACUGCCUCAUUAAGAAGCAAGGACUGUUCGAGAAGCAAGAGAAGCCAAAGUUCGUCCUCUGUGUGACGUUUUCUGAAAACGGCGACACCAUUACCGGAGACUCGAGCGGCAACAUCCUGGUCUGGGGGAAAGGUACGAAUCGAAUAAGCUAUGCCAUUCAAGGGGCCCACGAGGGUGGUAUUUUUGCACUUUGUAUGUUAAGGGACGGCACCCUGGUGUCGGGAGGCGGGAAGGACCGGAAGCUCAUUUCUUGGAACGGAAACUAUCAGAAACUUCACAAAACCGAGAUUCCAGAACAGUUUGGUCCGAUUCGGACGGUGGCCGAGGGGAAGGGCGACGUGAUCUUGAUCGGCACCACCAGGAACUUUGUCCUGCAGGGCACGCUGUCGGGGGACUUCUCGGCCAUCACUCAGGGUCACACUGACGAGCUCUGGGGACUGGCCAUCCACGCCUCCAAACCCCAGUUCCUGACGUGCGGGCACGACAGACACGCCACUCUCUGGGACGCCGUCGGCCACCGGCCCGUCUGGGACAAGAUCAUAGAGGAUCCAGCUCAGUCUUCUGGUUUUCAUCCUUCAGGGUCUGUGGUUGCAGUUGGAACACUGACUGGGAGGUGGUUUGUGUUUGACACGGAAACCAAAGACCUGGUCACCGUGCACACGGACGGGAACGAGCAGCUGUCCGUCAUGCGGUACUCGCCAGAUGGGAAUUUCUUGGCCAUAGGCUCCCAUGACAACUGUAUCUAUAUAUACGGAGUCAGUGACAACGGGAGGAAGUACACACGAGUCGGCAAAUGCUCGGGUCAUUCCAGCUUCAUCACGCACUUGGACUGGUCUGUAAACUCCCAGUUCCUCGUGUCAAACUCCGGAGACUACGAAAUCCUUUACUGGGUUCCCUCUGCAUGUAAGCAAGUCGUCAGCGUGGAAACCACACGGGACAUCGAGUGGGCUACGUACACCUGCACUCUGGGAUUCCACGUCUUUGGAGUGUGGCCAGAGGGCUCGGACGGGACAGACAUCAAUGCCGUCUGUCGGGCCCACGAGAAAAAAGUCCUGUCGACGGGCGAUGACUUCGGCAAAGUGCACCUCUUCUCUUACCCUUGUUCGCAGUUCCGGGCCCCCAGCCACGUGUACAGCGGGCACAGCAGCCACGUCACCAACGUCGACUUCCUCUGCGACGACAGCCACCUCAUCUCCACGGGCGGCAAGGACACCAGCAUCAUGCAGUGGCGGGUCAUCUAGUGCCGGCGGGGACGGCCCCAGGCGCAGGCUCGGCCGCCCGCUCACUGUGAUUUCAGUUGUUGGGAGUUCUCACACACCUCAGGAAAACCGCUCCCCGUACCGGUUACCUUAGCGUAGCGGCUCAGUGAGCGCCACGUCGGAUCAGCAGUUCAGGUUUCUCCGUCGUACAAUCUAUCACACACCCUUAAUGUAAAGAAAGAAGACAAAAAAAAAAGCCAAGGUUUACAGCACGGCGGCAUCAACAGGCUAACUGGUCUGUCCUUCCUACCUUUUCUAUGAACUCUUCGAAACGGUCACAGAAUGCCUUUUCAGAUCCUGUGCGUAGGCCGGCUCGGUCGCCGAGGAGCCUGCGAGGCCAGGUAUUUAUGAGAACGAGGUGCUGCAUCCCGAUCACUGUUGACUGAUCUUGGAGGGACUCUCGGAUUGAGUAGAGGGAAGAACCGGCUGCACAGCUGAGUCAGGAAACGCAGCUACGACUGUAUUUGGUUCCAUUGUCUACGGUUCCGUUCAGCUCUCCCUCUGGGAGGCGGGCGGGAAGGGGCUGAUGAACGGUUCAGCUGGGGAGACAGGCAUCUCGGAGUUGCAGCCAGACUGCCCACUGAGCCCCAUGCAGUCAGCCCUGACACCCUCGGGAAUGCCCGCCCCCCGUGGACCCCGUCCACCUGCCCCACGAGUGGAGACACGUGGUCACCUUCCUCUGUAUAUUAAUUGGCAUGAUACGGUAUUGUACGUGUAUAGGAUUUUAGCGACUCAAAAUAAAGACGUAAGGCUAGGCUUUACUAUUUUAUGCUUAUGGACACUGUAUAUUUGUAUUUUAAGACCAAGUAGACCAAGUCAAAGAGACACCACCGACCUGCAGCGGGGGGCCUGGGCGGCUCGGCGGGGUACCCCGGGCGGCUGUUCCCUGCCUUCUGGGCCUGGCCGGCUCGCCGGGCGACGGGAGGAGACUGCGUUCCGAUGGGAAAAACGCAGGCGCCGUCCGUUUGUCCAGAAGGCCUUAUCCCUUUCGAUGGCGAGGUAGACUGAAGUGUCUUGUUUACAUUGGGGAAUGUAUCUCAGAUUUUAAACUAGAGGAGUGAUAAGCAGACUUUAAACACAGAUGUUAAGGUGUUUACUUGUUCCAGGCAAGUAAAUGAGCUGAGCGGCCCGGCCCGGCCCCGGCUGUUCCGCCAGCCAAUGGGGCGCGGCCCUGCGAUGACGGACAGCUCGCGGCUGCCGCGCACAGGGCACCGUGAACGUGUGUUAAAGGUGAAUCUGUCUGUAUGUAUCCUUAUCAAAUAUAUUCUGUAAUGAAAUAAAGUCUGAAAAGUGGAUUUCUUAUUGACCUAUAAUUAUGAAAGUAUAUAAAUUAAAAUAUUUAAAAUUA